AUGUCCGUAGUGGAACUUCCAGAUGUAAUUACUCCCAAUUAUUAAUAAGAUUAGACUCUAUUCGCACAAAUCUCGUACCAGAUCUAAAAAGAGUGAUUUCGAGAAAUAUCGUAACUCAGCUGUCCUCAAAUCUGUUGACAAAUUGAUUAAACAUAAUAGUCUGUGCUCGGUUUUAGGCUAAGACAACGACUAUUAUCCUAAACAAUUGGAAGAUUAAAAAGUAGCUCAUAUUGAAUAUAAUCUCAAUAGAAAGUUGAUGAAGCUUAAGAAGUGCAUGCUAAUUUGACAGAAUUAAAAAAAAGUUGCGAUUACAUGAAAAUGUCUGGAAACAAUAAAGACAAAGAUAUUGAUAAAAUGAGAAAGGAUAUUGAUCAAAUGAGCUAUCAAAUUGAAUAGUAUAAUCAACGAUAAAAGGAUUUAGUAAGAUAAGAAAAUGAUUACUCAUCCAAAUUAUAAGAAUAAUAAAAAUUAUUAAGUCAAAGCAAUUAUGAUAAGAAUAUUUUCGAACACAUGUUGACAAGAAUGAAGAAAGAUUAAGUAACUUAUUAAUUAAGAGCAAAUCAAUAUGAAAGACACCUUAAAUCAGCAUUGUUAGCAUGUUAAUCAUCAAGUUAAAAGUAAAAUAACAAUAAUACUAUUAUAGAGCCUUGGAAAUUUAGGUUUUACAUUAAAAAACAAUGUUGGCCUUGAAGGAAGUGGCUGAUGGAAUUAAACAAUAAAAUAGAAAUAGGGAAAAUAAUAUUUCUAGAUUUAAAAAUGAACUAAAAUAAAAAUAAGAUGUUGAACACAAAAGAGAUGAGAGAAUUAAAAGACAACAAGAGAUUGCAGAGGUUGCUGCUAAUGAUAUUAGAGAUGGAGCAUUAAAAAAAUGGAGAAAGUUAUUAUUAGUUCACAAAUUCUUAAAUUCUUUCUUGAAGAGUAAAAUGCAAAGAGGAAUAGCUUAAUAUCAAAAUUUAGAAAUAGCCUUUUAAAAAAUAAAGGCUUCAACAGGCAUUUCUGAUGCCAAUGAAAUUGUCUAGAAAUUUAUCGGCAGAGAACAAACGUACUCUCAUUUACUGAUAUCCAUAUCAGAUUAUGAAAAGAAAAUAAAUAAUUUAAAAUAGGAAAAUCAGGACUUAAGGAAUAAUUUUACUCAUUUAAAACAAGAAUACAGUGAUUUGGACAAAGAAUUCUCAGUUGAAAACCAUAAACAAAGAAAUGAACAAACAGAUUAAGAUAAAAUGGUCAUAGAAGUGGAAGAGAAAGCAACAAUUUCUGGACUACUUCAAAAUAAAUUGAAUAAUUGGAUUGCCAGAAAUUUGAAGAAAUUAGCAUAACAUAAAGAUAAAGGGUUUUAAGGCAUUAUAGAUGCAAUCAAGGAGAAAUUGCUUAAUUUAUCCUAAACGGUAAAUUUCAGAUUUUAUUGUAUAGUAAUAAUAAGAAUUACUAAAUAAAUCUAUGUUCAGUUCUGUCUUAGAAUUGAAUGACUAGGAGUUUUUAAAAAGAAAUGUCAGGAUCAAACCAAAACAAUAGAAUUCUCAUUUGCAUUCAAAUAAUUCUUAAGAUUAUUCAGUUUUACCUAAUGAUGAUGAACUUUUUAAUGAAUUGCCUAGCAAAGAUGAAGAAUAAGAGGAGGAAGAAGAAGAUCAUCUAUUCAAUCAAUUGAGAGAGGAAGUAAAAGGGAAAGUUUUAAAGAAGUGAC